AUGUCUGUUGGCCAGACUGAACUGGCCAGCAUGACAUUUUUAAACAACGCGGCAAAGAUGCGGACCUGGCUAUCGUUUUUAAGACUAGCCAAAAUAACUGAGCCUACAAUUCACCACUACCUGAAGAAUGUGGCUCAGUUUUUACAGUUUGUCAAUGAAACCCCGCCGCCCACAUGCCGGCUCUCCUGCGUCACCUUAUUUGGCCUUAGAAGGGAGAUCCAGUCCAUCAUCCGCCCGGUAAGGCGCAGUGUGGCGGUCCACCAGGUGGCUGUGAAACAGGCCAAGGAGGGCCGCUUUAUUUCCAAAGCCACGCUGCGUGCUUGCCGGGAGGCGGCCAAGAAGAUGAUCCCUGAGAUUCUGAAUCGCCUCAAGACAGCAGUGGAGAAGAAAGACCAGUGGUCUUUUUAUGGGCACCUCACCACGUAUUGGGCCAGUAUUUAUGGACACCGCGGUGGGGUGUUCCAGAACCUUACCAUUAAGGAGGUGGAGGACACCAGGAAGACCGUAACUGAGGACAAAUUUGUCAUCAACAUAUCGGCCCACAAGACCAACCAGGCCUUUGGUGCCGCCCAGCUGGCCCUUGACCAGGAAGAAUAUGGGUGGCUUCAGCAGUUUCUUUCACUGAGGUCCACCUUGGUGGGUUGCAAAAACGCCCACUACUUUUUUUUCACAUCUAAACUCAGCUCCUGCAAGAACCUCAAUCAGUAUUUUCAGGAGGCUUGGAGAUCGAUGGGCUUGCCUGGGACGCCCACGUUCACUGAUUUGAGGACCUCCAUCGCCACCCACGCGAAGAACACCCACUGCCCAGAGAACAGGCACAAAGUGGCACAGUUUAUGUGCCAUGACACCUCCACGGCUGACAGGUUCUACACUUUGAACCUCAAUGCAAAGCAGUUUGAGGCAGCCUUGGAAGUGAAGGACAAGAAUGGAAAGAAGCAGACCAGGAGUGUCCAGUGA